AUGUCUACUUUCUACGAAUUGACACCCAAAGAUGCCAAGGGCAACGACUACCCAUUUGCCGACCUCAAGGGGAAGGUUGUGGUGAUCAUCAACGUCGCUUCCAAGUGUGGAUUCACCUCGCAAUACAAGGAGUUGGAGGAGUUGAACAAGAAGUACGAGGGCAAGAACGUGCAAAUCUUGGGAUUCCCAUGCAACCAGUUCGGUGGCCAGGAGCCAGGAACUGCCGAUGAAAUCGCCUCUUUCUGCUCAUUGAACUACGGAGUCACCUUCCCCGUGUUGAGCAAGAUCGAAGUCAACGGUUCCAACGAAGACCCCGUCUACAAGUUCUUGAAGUCGCAAAAGUCCGGUCUCUUGGGCAUGAACAGAAUCAAGUGGAACUUCGAGAAGUUCUUGAUUGACCAGAACGGUAAGGUGGUGGAGAGAUUCUCCUCGUUGACCAAGCCUUCUUCUAUUGCCCCAAAGAUCGAUGCUUUGUUGAAGUAG